UGCUCAUGUCCGCCAUAUUGAGAGUUGUGACAGAGAGAUCUCUCAGAGGAUGUGGUAUUUUAUCAAUUAGAGCUGUUCUUAACAGCGUGAGACAAAAUUCCGGUCAGAAUUGGACAGGUAUGCUGAUAUGGAGGUGGGUUGAGCUACAAAGGUACUGUAGUAUUACGUUUGGACUUUGAAAACAGCGAGAACGUGACUAAUUUUCUUCAGCAGCAAGUCUCGCAGUCAGUGCAAGUUGUGUCUGUUGAGCUUGGUUCAAUUUGGUUACCAGUAAAAAUGGCUACCCAGAAUAAUUCAGACCUUCUGGUAUCUGGUUCUACAUCAGAACCAGGUAGUGGCGUUGUAAAACCUACUGAAAAUCACGUUGGAGUGCCUCAAGUAGGGUCGGAGGAAGUCGUACCCAGUGAGGAGGGCGGAGAGAAGGGCACCAUUGGGAAUAAAAAGAGGAGCUCUUUCCAGAUUACCAGUGUUAAAAUAGCCAAGUCAAAUCGCCAGGCAAAUGACACAAUCAAUGAGGGUGAUGCUGAUUCUAUAGACGAGCUAGAGGAAAGUCACACUGAGGAUCUGAGUUCAGAAUUAUUGGAUAGUUCCAAAGUAACUGAGAUUCAUGAUGGGAAUGAAUCCUCUGAUGAGGAAACCACUACAGAUCAGCAGUUAGAAAUUGAGGGUGAGAACAAGGAGACUGCCUCAAGAUUCAAAGUGGUGAAAAUUGCCAGCAAAGAGCCAUUUUGCAGGGGCAGGUGGUCUUGCUUCGAUUUUCUCGACCCUCCAGUAGUGGAGAAAAUGGACGGGGUAGGAGAGGGAUCCGGGACUGGGUCCGGUAACUCAAGUGCUGCAAGCUCCGUGCAUUAUAUCCCAGGUGUCGAUGACCCAACCAAAAAUCCCUUCAACCCCCUCAGCCCAAUCAAAAGUCCUCCCAAUAGUAUGGAAAUGAUGGUGCCUGUUAUAUUACAGACUGAGCAUCACAAUGUUAUUGUAGUCCCACAGCCAGUGUACGGGAUGGGGGAGGAGCACUCGGUUACUAAUGAAACUGGUGCAUUGCCCCUCAGUAUGAACAGUCACAGUAUUGGAGGACAGAAUGGGGCCAUGACUCAAACUGUGCCAAGUACGGACUAUCCUCAGCCUCCCAUUGCGUCUUUGCACCUAUCAAUGCCACAGGUACAGGCUGCCGAAGGAGGCGGCUAUGCUCAGUCAAAUCAACCAGUAUUAGGCACACAGAAUAGCAAUUUUAUCCCAGUCGGUGGAGGUCCGGGUGGAGGUCCAUCAUCGCAACAACAGCAAAAACAACAGCAACAACAAGGACAACAGCAGCAACAGCAUUAUCACCAGUCACAAGGCCCGAGUGGCCAGGUAGCUUCACAGUCACAACAACAACAACCCGUCAGCAGUAGUCAGCAACAGCAACAGAAAACAGCAGCAGCAGCAGCAGGCCAAAUGUUACAACAGCAACAACAGCCACAGCAGCAACAACAACAACAACAGCCAGGUGCCACCGGUGGUUCAGCAUCCCAAGCUGGUGUACAACAGCCACCCCCACAACCGCAACAACAACAGCAACUACCCCCAGGGACAGAGGGCUUGUUGCCCCAGGGGAUCCCACCCAAGCAACCCUCCUUGCCAGGCUCGGACCCUUCGGCUCCACGCCAACCCUCAUCCCAGGCGCAAGGGACCCAGGACUCGGACGACUUACAGCAGAUGGUGCCAGCCAUGAUGACAGGGAAUGCUGGGUACCCUCUCAACGGCACCCCUGCCACUGACAUGGAUGGGAAUCAGCUGAGUAUUGAUGUAAAAGAAACGGCAGCACAGACGGCAGCAGUGCUGACGCCACCAUUGUUAGAGGUUAUGGGGACGGCCAUCGGUCCACUGGCAGGCAGCACUGAGACCAAAGGCGAAGAAGGCGAUGAAAGUGGUGGUUCCAGUACAGUGGCCAUAGACAACAAGAUAGAGCAAGCUAUGGACCUGGUGAAGAGCCACCUGAUGUUCGCGGUGCGCGAGGAGGUCGACGUCCUGAAGGAGCAGAUCAAGGAGUUGCUGGAGAAAAACCAGCAGCUGGAGCAAGAGAACAAUGUCCUGAAGGCAGCCGCGCCACCAGAGGUUCUACAGAAACUGUCAUCACAGACACAGACGCAGACACAGCCGCCUACAUCAUCAUCAUAGCCCCGCCAUCGUUGCAGCCAGAGUUGCUGUUAAUGCCGCCAUUAUGGGCAGCUUCAUCAAGUUUUGCUAUGCUCACAGUUGCCAUUUUUAUCAUUAUUCUAAGUCAUCACAGCAGUUACAUGAGAUAUACAGAAGGUUGCAGAAUUUCUGUGGAGUAUGACUGCAGAUUAUUGGAUUACUCCUGGCAGAAAGUAUGAGAAUGGAUGUAGAUUUUCUUUGACCUUUGAUCAAAGGAGAGAACAUUUGAUAUGGAUCUGAAUGGUAAUUGGGAAGCCGAGGUACAGUUUGCCAUCAGACUUGGUUCUGGAAUGCAAAAACUGUAUUUCCUACAAAGAGAGGACAGAUGGAUAUGAAAGUUUUGAGAAUACUCAACAAAUCACACCUUAAGUAAGUCAGGACCGUGGUUGGAGCACCAGCUCCUUGAACCUCUUUUUAUAAAGAGAGUGGAUAGUUCUCCAGAUGGAAAGGUUCUAAUGAUGUAAGAAGCUAGAAAGUUUAUAUGGCAAAAAAA